AUGGCGCUUCCCCUGGCGCUCGUCACCAUGGUCCAGUUCCUGCUGCAGGCCGUCUCCCUUAUGAUGGUCGGCCACCUCGGAAGCCUCUAUCUCUCUAGCGCCUCCAUCUCCUCCUCCCUCUGCAAUGUCACCGGCUACAUUGUCCUUCUUGGAAUGGCAAGUGCCUUGGAGACAUUAUGUGGUCAAGCAUAUGGCGCAGAACAGUACCAAAAGGUGGGAGUAUAUACACAAAAGGCUAUAGUAACCCUCCUGCUUGUGUGCAUCCCAAUAACUCUUUUAUGGUUCUACAUGGAGAAACUGCUCAUUUUGAUAGGGCAAGACCAUGAUAUUGCCCAUGAAGCAGGCAAAUAUGCUGUCUUCUUGAUCCCAGGACUUUUUGGUGCUGCUCUUUUGCUACCAUUAGUAAAGUUUCUGCAGUCACAGAGUUUAGUAUUGCCGUUGCUGUUUGGUGCUGUUGUGACUCUCUGCUUCCAUGUUCUUGCUUGUUGGCUGUUGAUCUUUAAAUUAAGGAUAGGACACGUUGGAGCAGCUAUUUCUGUCAGUCUCUCCUAUUGGAUGAACUUGGUUAUAUUAGCACUAUAUAUCAAAGUUUCAUCUGUCUGUAAGAAAACAAUUGCUCCAUUCACAACGGAGGCCUUUGCCGGGAUACAGCACUUCCUUGGUCUUGCACUUCCAUCUGCAGUCAUGAUUUGUCUGGAAUACUGGACAUUUGAACUGCUGAUAUUGCUUUCCGGACUUUUACCUGAUCCUGAGGUGCAAGCUUCAGUUCUUUCAAUUUGUGUUUACACCCUGAACGUGGCUUAUUCUAUACCAUAUGGCCUUGGUGCUGCUGCAAGCACUCGCAUUUCAAAUGAAUUAGGAGCUGGAUCGUCAAGAAAAGCUCGGUCAGCUUUUUUUGUUGUUAUAUUGCUUGCUGUCAUAGACAUGUUAACUGUGAGUAUAACUCUGUAUGCCAUCAGAUAUCUGUUGGCAUAUGCUUACAGCAGCGAGAAGGAAGUCAGCCUGUAUGUUGUAAAGGUGGUGCCAUUAGUUUCCCUGUCAUCAUGCAUGGAUGCAAUCCAAGGAGUGCUCUCAGGUGUAGCGAGAGGAUGCGGAUGGCAGCAUCUUGGGGCAUAUGUCAAUCUUGGAGCAUUUUAUCUGCUUGGUCUACCAAUUUCAGCCAUUUUAGGCUUCUAUUUUCAUUUUGGAGCAAUUGGACUCUGGUUGGGUGUAUUAUGUGGUUCCACAACACAAGCAAUUCUUCUCUCUAUUAUUACAGCACUUACCGAUUGGCAGAAACAGGUUGACAAAGCAAGGGAUAGAGUGAUUGAAUGACAGGCCUACAGUUAACAAUUGCUAAACUGUUUGAGGCUGUAAUAAUUGCAUAUUGCACCCUCACAUAAACCUUGGGUACAUUCCAUACAAGUUUUGUUUGUUCUACAAGAUGUAAUAAGCAAUUCUGAUUGGCAAAUUGUCUGCAGGCAUCGAGAGAGAAAUAGCGAUGUGAUCAUUCCGAUU